UCUAGCUGACGUUUCAAAAUUUGCGCUACCAUUUUGGGAUGUGUCUAAAAUGUUUUAGGCGUUCAUUUAAAGUUGAUAUGCACAAAUAAAGAAAGGGUGGAAGAAAGAGAGUUGACGCAAAGAUGUUUUUGUACAUUUUAACAUGGAUCUCCACAGUCAUUCACAUAGUUUUUCUUACACUGUCGUUAGCUGCUGGGUUAUAUUAUUUGGCAGAGCUGGUUGAAGAAUACACAGUUACCACUGCAAAAGUCAUAAAGUACAUUCUUAUUGGCUCAACAGUUGCAGUUUUGGGGGUGUUUUUUCUGGAACAAAUGCCUCUACACCUAACAGGCCUAGUUCUCCUUUCACAUUUCUUAUAUGCAACAUUGUUGAGCAAUUUUCCCUACAUAUCAUUGUCAUCACUAAGCUUCAUUUUUAGUUGUGUUCUUUUGGUUGUCAAUCACUACCUAGCCUUCUCUUAUUUUGCUGAAGUGCUCUAUAGUUUUCAAGAGAUCUUAGCCUACUUCACAAUUUGUCUGUGGAUAGUGCCAUUCAGUUUUUUUGUCUCCUUAUCAGUGAAUGAAUAUGUUCUCCCUACCAUGCAAACUACUGAUAUCUCUGGUAGCAGCUCAGUUAUAGGUCCAAACACUGGAAUGCUAAUCUCAAAGAAGUCAAAGAGAGGUGGACUGCUCGCUGUUUUUGACUACUUUAAUCAGAAGAAAGAUGACUUGUUGCUAAGAAAUAAAAGGUUCUGAAAAUAUAGAUUUCCUUUGAAAAGCUUUGUUCAGCUGUACUAAUAUUGAAGUUUCAGAAGUUAAGUACCAAGGGAUGCAUUCUUGUAAGGGGGAUGAGAUUUGCAUGUCAAAAUGGCUAACCAUGCUUACAAUUAGAUUGGAACAAGCAGUGUUUUGCAAAUGACCUGUUUUUGUAGGUAUUUGUAUCAUGUCCUGAAUCUAAAGACCAAGAUAACAACUUCUUGAUAUUUGAUACUUAAACAGUUGCUUAUAAUCAUGCAGGUAUCUUAUGUAGUUGGAGGCAUGACUUUGUGUUUCUUUAUUUUAACACAAAGGCUGUAGUUUUA